AUGAGGGUCGGAAUCUUUCUGUAUUUCGUUUACACGUGUGGGUUCUACGCUUGUUAUGCCGAUGAAUCCCUACCAGAAGGAUGUACGCUAGAUGUUGCCAAACCUGAUUGUUCCAAAUACACUCAAAUAGACUGUCAAAUUGACGAUGUACAAACACAUGUACUGUUUCCAAACUCUAAAACAAUUGAAAGAAUCACGGAUGGAGAUGUAACUAUAUGGAAUGUAGACCAAAAACAUGAAAGAUUUGUAUAUUGUAUUGUAUUCCUCAGGGGUGAUAAACCGGAAUUCUUACACGUAGUAAAGGAAACACAAUCUGGUCUGUUUAACAUCGCAUACGAAAAGUUUAAAGAAGAUGAAUGGGAGGUUUCCAAGGCUAAAUUCAACGAUAAGGUGCUCAAGUUGAGGAGUGUCUAUCAAAACCCGUCAACAUUCUCUCUUGACGUAUCUACUAAUCAAGAUAGUCCAAAUUGUACAGUCAUUGACACCAUGCUAUUUGGGAUUGCUACCCGUGUCUAUGCUCCAAAAGGCUAUCAUCAUGCCACUGAGGUUCUUCAUGGAUGGACGUCUCUGUGGAGAGCCGUUGGAGGUGAAAGAUGUAUUUUGGUCAUGGCUCACUUUGAGAAUGGAAACAUUUCCAUGGUUGAUCUCUGGUUAAGAGGGAGGAACAACCUCGUGAAGCACCAGUAUUGGCAAAGGGUAGAUGAUGGCUGGAAGGCUGUAGAUAAGACUGUUUAUAAUCAUUUCUUCAAGAGUUUAUCGCACAAAUCUCUUCAGGGUUCUGAAUUCUUUAUUGUAAAUACUUUGAAUCCAGAUGAGAGUAAUUUCAACAAUGUCUCAUGUUCAUUAUGCAAAUUGUCCAAUAAUAUUUCGUCCUGA